ACUGGAACAGAAUGUUUGAAAAUUUAUAGUCAUUAGAAUUUGUCCAAAUAUUUUGCAUCUGUUUAUUAUCAUCUAGUCGAAAGUUUGCUUUAUGUGUUGCAUCUCGAUACUGGUGCAACAAAAACUGUAAAUGAUCAUUAGAACUUGGGCAAUUGAAGUUUAAAGUUAUUCAUAUAACAAAAACAUGCGACGUCCGAGAAGGCGUGUCUGCGCUUGUCGUUCUUCCAUGUAUAAUACAGCGGUAGCGCAAAAGUGAAUGAGAAGUGGUCGUCUGAGGGAGUGUUUUCCAGAAGCAGGGUAUACAUUUGAAAGGACGAAAGUGUUUUUCUAGAUACUAGAUCAAUCAUGGAAGGUGUGUUAAUAUUCGAUCAAAAUAAUGAUUUACUGUAUCAAAAUUUCAACGAUGCAAUGCGUGCCAAAAUGACUAAACAUGCGAUCGACCUCGGCCUGAUGGAGGACGAAGGAAGGAACGUUCGCACGGAUUUGGACAGUAAUGUACUGAUACAAAUUUUCAGUCCUCUAAUCGCAUCGCAACGUAUCAUGAUGUGCCAAUUCGAUAACGCGUACACAUCAGUGCAGAUGGAAAAUAACUUGAACCUAGUCUUCGAUGAGUUUUUAGGAUAUCUUUUUAUACAAAUCAGUACUAAAGAUGUUGAUCAGGUACGACGAGAACUCGGUGUAUGCAUCAGUCUCCUAAAACAUAUAUGUGGUCCAAACAUUUACAUAAUCAAAAACGACACGAAAAAAUCAACCCUUUUGACCAAACUAAUCAGUACCUACCGCAAGCUGUACCGAAUAAACCAAGGUAUUUUGGUAGAAGCCAUCGAACAGUUGCUGGUGAAUGCCGAUGUGAAGAAUACCGUAGUAACUGCUCUCCAAGCGGCAACGGAAAAGCUGAAGCAAGAUCCACAUUCCCAGCGUAGUCAUUCGGUGAUGUUUGUUGGAAACAAGUUUCUUUCGUUGUACAGUAGCCGCCAGGCACAGGCAUUAUCCCCGGCAGACAUGCUGUUCUUGAACCUUUUCUGUCAGACCUUGGACCGCGGAGAAGGCUGCAAACGAAUCGAAUCACACGUACUGUUCCUACAAGGUUGCAGCAACCAGGCGACAUCCGGAUGCAUUCCGCACAUAGCUCACAUUUCUAAACUAUUCGAUGAUGUAUUCUUGGUUCUUUUGAUCGAGCAUGGAAACAUCAACCUGUCAGGGAACUUGUACGAUGUGUUUUUCGCUCUGCAGAAGUUGCGAAUUCUUCAAAUGCAGAUGGAUGUAGAGAACUUGAGGCCUGCAUUCGAUAGUUUGGAAUCCUAUAUGAAACAUACCUUCGAUUCGUUAAAAAAAAUCAAAUACAAUAAUCCCGACACGGAUGACGCAGUGAAGAAUUUCUCUGGAAGGUGGGACAAUCUUCGGAAGCGGUAUAAUGAUUUUUUCAAGGCCUCCGACAACGCAUUAAUUGUGAAGAUCGAAUCCAAUAUGCCAAUGCUGGUGGAAUCACUGAAAGAGGUUUUCAAGUUACUCUGUGCGGAAUGCAAUACAUUGGAACAUGGGUUGCAGCGAGUGUCGGAUAUAGCUGAUAUGGUAGAGGAAAAACUUACAGAGGUGUUCAACUUUUUGCAGGUCAAAUCACAGAAAAACUUUAGCAUGGGAUCGUAUUUGGAAGAUUUUCCAGGAUUAGUUCACUUCAUACACAUAGACAGGAACAAUGGAAGAAUUGUUGCACCAGGGCUAGAUCAAGAAGAUUCGACGAAUGUUUUAACAGAGAGAAUUUGGUCCAUGGUAGAGCUUUCGAGGACCUAUCUCCACAAAGGCCACAUGUCAAUGAUCUGGAAGGACAUCACCUUCAGCUACGGGUAUUUCCUCUGGUUUGAAGACGCAAACGGAACCGCGUUAAAGCCGAAAGAAUUUCCUGAUUUCUCUACGAUUUCAACCAAGCCGCAGCUGAUUGCUGGAAUCCUAGCGGGCGACUACUAUCAACGACUGAUAGAAACCUGCUUCCCAAGGACGGCACCGAGUAAAAUUCGUUGCUAUGAACUGUACUGCGUGCAUCUUGGGCUGGUGACCUCGACAAACGUGCUGGAACACUGCAGGCGACUUGCCGUCACGAUCACCGAUCUGACGGGCUGCGUUGGGAACCCGAUCGACCUACUGUGAGGGGGUAUUGUGCCGAGUGAAGAGAGCUGUUUUGUUCUGUUGUAUUAGUUUUACCUUAGAAAUUGUAGUCUUCAUCGUACAGUAACAAUACCAGUAAUAUCAGAAACGCAUUUAACAUGAUAUUUAAUAGUUAUUUCAAAAGUAAAAACAAAGAAAAGAAGGAACCUUCAGGAACUUACAAAUAAUUAAAGAAAUUUUCAUGUGAACGCGGAAUAAGAACUGCAUUUGUUCGAGUAUGAGUAGUAGGAGUCGAUAUAAUCGACAUCGUAGUAAACUGUUUGCCUAAAAACGAACAAAAUAAAUGCUCAUACCUGAACAAAUAAAAGUCGAACACUAAAUUUGAAUAUGACAUGGAAUUGCUCAUUUCACUUUUUCAAAAUAUUGCUUCUAUUGUAGAGCUUACUGUAUUAUUAUGGCGAUUUUUUUAUAGAAAUCAACCUAUACAUAUGAAUAAUAACCAAAAGCAUGAAACAAAUUGUUGAAUAUCGGUACGUUAGCUAUAUGUUGAUUGUCGGCAUUCCCGUAACAGCUGUUUAAUUGUGCUUGUCACAAAGGUUUUAUUUUUGUCGCAACGUUGAACAUAAACAUUCCAAAUAAAGCUCCAUUGAAUUCGUAUUUGCUUAGUGAAAGUUCUAGUUUCAUAAACGAUAUUGUUUUUAUGAUUUUUUAAUUGCCGAAGUGGCUAAUGAUGAGUACUAGAAGAACCAAUCUAAAACAUAACCAAUAGCUGAUAUAAGAAAACUCAACUUCUCAAAAGCAGAUAUGAGGAACGAAGCUUCUGUAAUUUUAUGGUCCCACUCAGUAUUUAUUCGAAGCUAAGCAGAAUAACUAAAUUUAAUAGCAAGUAGAUUGAAGAGUGAUGGUUUCUCACAUGGAAAUGUAGAAACGAAUACUAUAUUUUGUUAGUGAUUAUUUGGAGACCAUUCAAGAACUCUUACAGUUGCUACACCUUCCAUACCUUUAUGAUGUCCACAAUGUAGAGUUUGACAGUAUACUAAUACUACCGUUGCAAUGCUACCCUUAAAAUCGUUACAUUGCUAAACACAAAAAACAAUUGGAUUAUACUUUACCAUUUAGUUUAGUCAAACAAUAAAAACAAACUAUUGAUGGUUAUAAAUCGACCUGAGUAGGUUGUUCAAAGUAUUAGCGACUAGUUUCACAAACCAAUCAUUUCACCAUGGUAUCGACUGAAAUCUGAUUUCUUAGAAUAAAAAUGUUUACUGAGUUAUUUGUUUGUCAUUCGUUAUUGGAUUAUAAUUUGUGCAUCUUCAAUUUAUUUACUAAAACAAUCGCUUUGAUUUUACUACCUAAACAACAACUGUUCGUUUCACCGAAAAGCGCUGAAUGGGUCAUUUUUCUAAAAUUUAUUUCACGGAAAGCAAAUUCAUCUAAUUCUUCAUUUUGCGAAAACUGUAGUCCACUGUUGGUAUUCAAUGUAAUCCUUUACUUGUUCCAACGAUUUAGGACACUUCAUCAAAAGAGCUUAUUCACGAUUCCUUUUAUAGUUCUCGAUGAAACGAUCACGAACUGCGAAUGUUGCCGGUAAUUCGUGAUGCAACUGUAAACUACGAAUGUUGCACGGUCAUCGCAGGGAAGUUGCCUUCCCACAAGAAUCAAUUCUGAGUAGGUUUACUCGAUUCCCCAGGUUUACCCAAAGCUAUAUUAUAUGGAUUCGUUACAUUCAAACCUACGACAGUAAUUUCACCUUAUUUGAUCAAUCAAAAAAGACAUCAUAUUACCAAGAUAUCCUGUCAAUUUGUACCUACUUGUUAGUGUUUUUAAAAAAUAAUGAUAACGAUGGUUUUCUAAAAAAUUACACUUAUUGCCUUUCUAAUAUAGAAAGUUUAUACAAUCACUUGAAAAAUUUACUAGUGGAAAUUGGUCCAGAGGGCUAAGUGUUCUAUAUCAUUUGAGUUUAGCAAUGUCUGUGUGUGUAUGUGUGUGAGUAUGUGUCAAACAAUGACACUAAAUCAAUAGUGAUGUGAUGUGAUGGGAUGUGAUGUGAUGUGAUGGGAUGUGAUGUGAUGUGAAGUGAAGCCACCAUCAGUUCAAGGACUUGCCAGUGGAUGCGGGUAGACUUACAGUAGCCCCGAUAUGACUCAUCCAUUCACCUUCUUACUAUAGCUGUUACCGAAAAGCGAACAAAAAGGGUUGGGCGGAUACGUAAGUAGAGUCACUUACUCGUAUUCCGCGGGAAUAAAAGAUGCUCUUCCAACCAUAAUAUCCAGUGCAUGGAUGAAGCAUAUCGCUAUACAUGCUUGAACCCGCCUGAUGGUUUGUUUGAGAAGGGCGCGUCAGACUCAUUUCAAACCUUCAGAAGGAAACAAGUUUCCUUCAAGUGACUUGGGCUGGCUAUCCACAAUCCCUCGUCCAGUCAUCAAUUCGUCCGAUGCCCUGAUGCUCCCUCCCCUUUACGCCCCCGUGCAAAAUGUUUUAUAUUGAUAAAUACAAUGAAACAUAGUGUAAUGAAAUUAAUAUAACAUAAAAUGAUAUAAUAGAUUACAAAAUAAUAUAAUACAAUGUCAUACAAUAUAAUAUAAUAUAUUAUAAAACAUGAUAUAAAAUAACAGUCAAUGUAGAGAGUCAGUUAUGCUCUUCUAUCUUCGCAAUACUGCAGGAAGUAGAAUAUUUCUCUUCUAAUAACAAUAAUAAUAUCCACAUCUAUAAAAAUAAUAUAUGUUAUUAUUAUUGAUGACAAAUUAAUAAUAAUAACAAUCAAUAUAAUAAUGAAAAUAACAACAAAAAACAAUAUAAUAUAGUACAAUGAAUUAUAUAAUAAAUAAUAGAAUAAAUAAAAUGAUAUGUUGCGAUAUGCUAUGAUAUUAUAUUACUUGAAUUUAUAUGUCAUUUCUCAUCCUCUCAUUCUGCCAUCAACGCAUUCCAUCGACCUUUUGUCACCACAGACACACGGGUAGGCAUGAAACAGGAACCAGUGAGGACCAAGCUCACCUUGUGACGACCUUGAUAUUUAGUUGAAAGUUACUUUAAAAAUGAUAACUUAUAAGGAAAACAAAUUUAUAUUUUGCGCAGAGGUACGUAGUACUACUCAUAAUAAACCCUACAAUAUAAUAUAAUAUAAUACAACAUAAUGCGAUACAAUAUAACAUAACAUAAUAGAAAUAUAAUAUAACAUAAUAUAAUAAAAUAUAAUAUAAUAUAAUACAAUAUAAUAUGAUAUAAUGCAAUGCAGUAUAAUACUAUACAACAUAGUAUUUAAUAACAUAAAAUAGUGUAAGACGAUAAUAUAUGAAAUAAUAUGCUAUGAUACAAUAUAACAGGUAAUGUCGCAGUGUAAGUUACGCUCUUCUUCUAAUAAUAAUAAUAAUAAUAAUAAUAAUAAUAAUAAUAAUAAUAAUAAUAAUAAUAAUAAUAAUAAUCAUAAUAUUAAUAAUAAUAUUAAUAAUAAUAAUAAAAAUAAUAAUAAUACAUGAUGUAAUAAACAACACAAUUAUAUGUUGUAAUAUACUAUGAUAAACACUGCACUUUAGGAUGGGCUUCAACCUACAAGCCAUUUCGCACCCUCUCAUUCUGCUACUAACGCAGAAGGCGAUAGCACCCAGUCGACGCCGUUCUAUUGACCAAAUGUCAUCAUAGACGCUCGGGGAGGCAUGAGAUAGGGACUUGUGAGGACUUAGUUAUCUCACCAUUUGACGACCAUGACACUAAAUCAAUAGUGGUCAAAAACGAGACUCAUUCAAUUAUUCAAACUUAGGCUCAAACAAAAGUUCCUAUAGUCUCAUAGGCUGUUGCUUAAUUUCACCCGAGUUCGACCACCGGUUCCAGAUCUAUACGGUAAAGUGUGUUUAAUCAUUUAGUGCGACGAUGCAAAAUGAAGAAAAAUUCUUAUUAACAUGACAUAACCGUUUACAAAUUGAAAAGGUUUUGCUAGUUCCCUUAGUACCCAAAGAAAGUUUUUAAUUUUAUUCAAAAUUGAAAAAAAGUUACUUGACAGAAUCCUCUAGUGACAUUUUUGGAAAUAUAAGUAAUAUGAGAAAGGCAUCAUUACACCACUAGAUGGAUUAAAAAAGGUUUUUUUUUGGUAAAAUUAAACAUUCACUAUAAAUGGGGAAAAAGUAUAACGCAAAAUAUUGACCAUCUUGACGAACUUUUUGACACUUUAUCAUCUUUUGCAUGUUGCUUCUUUUGGAGCAUGAUCACCAUAUGUCUCAACAAGCAUUCGAUGUGACUUUGCAUAAGUUUUAUUUAAAUGAAAACAAAAAAAAAUUGAAUGGUGCACUAACAGGAUGAAAAAUAUAUGUUGUUGUUUGUUCAAUGACUGUGUAUAUUAAAUAUAUUUGGCAGAUAUUAUCCCAACCAAACAAAAAAUGAACGCUUGUUCACACCAGAAUACCUGAUAUGCACAAUAGUAUCCCGACUUUUUUUUUGAAUUCAGCUGAAAAUUUCACCAUACAUUAGGGACAUAUGUACCAACACAAUAAAAAAAAUUUUGACCACCGGACUCUCCAGACGCGCGCAAUUAAAAAAUUCCGGGAACUUUUUGAACAGACCUCGUAUUUCAUGGGAUCUGGUCUUUGGCAAAACCACUUCAGCGUAUUCAUCUAAACGCUUUGUAGUUUGAACUACAGAGUAAAAUCAGCAUAAAUGCGAUUUACUCAAUUUUUUAGCAAAAAACUACAAGGAUCAGCCCCACGGGGUUGUUCGAAUCAUAGAUGUGGAACAAAGCAACCAAAAUUUCUAAUGAUCAACAAUCAAACAGUUCAAUCAAUCGUCACACUUUUGAAUCCGCAAUUGUACGAGAGUCUGCUUAGAUUGUUCUUGAUUAGGAACCAACACCGAACAUUGUUUUUUUUUUUAUUUAAAAAAUAUUUUAUUCAGGCCAAUUUGCGUGGCCGAUUUAGCUGAGUUUUUAGAUAAUUUUUUUUGUAUUGGAUCUCGUUGUCACCCUCUUUCUAGUUUGUUCGCGGUUCGUCUCGUCAUUCAUUUCCGCAUCGGUGGUAUUGUUGUUGAUUUCGUUGCUAGUUGCUGUAGACGCGUCUUGUUGUACAUUGUUUGCAGUUGCUGGAUGGUUGGAUGGUAAGCUGUUAACUGCAGCUGGUGUACUUUGUUCUAUAGGGGUUACGUUGGAUGGUUUCGUUGAAGGGGAUGCUUCACUGUUGUUUGUGACUGUCACAGGUGUACUGGGGUUGCUUGGGGUUGGUGUGAAGGAAGCACUGUUGUCCUUUGGUGUGGUUGUCUCCUUGUCCAGUUUAUCACAUGGCUUACCGUAGUGAACAGUUUUUUGGCAAUAUUGACAUGUGGCCAUCUGAUUGUCAUAGGUAACAAGUGAUUUGCACGGGAUUCUUGUAUCCUGACCGAAUGUCACAUAAGAAGGUAUAGGCCUCCUCAAGCGCAUGCGUAACAAACGUACGCCAUUUAUCUUCCAUAUAUACUGGAAUGUUGUACUUGAUAUUUUCAUGCUCCGAAUAGUGCACAUUAUUAUUGUCUUUAACGAAUUGAAUUGCAUCCAACUCUUUAUAGAACUGGAUAUAAACAACAUUAUUGGUCUUAUUGCAUUGAAUAAAAUGAACACGUUUAAUGUCAAGAUGCAUUGGCUCCUUAAGCAAACCUUCAAGUUCUCGUAUCGAAGGUCGAAUUUUGCACUGUCUGAAGUCAACAAUAAUUUUAUUUUUUCGUACCGGCGGUAGCUUUUGUUCGUUUGGUUCACUCAUUUUCGAGGUCGUUCUAUUGUUCACUACACAAUACUGUACUUGGUUUCUUCUGUCCCGAACGUAAGCUGUUUUGUUUUAUCGACUGACUUGGAUGAGAUGAGAAAGCGAACUGACCGAACAUUGUUUGUUUUAUAGCCGACCAAAUUACACCAAUAUCACAAAUGUAUGCAAUUAUAUCUUUGUACAUACUCGUCCCGGGUUGGUGGUUCAAUGCAUUGGACGCUGGUCAUACAAGCCAGUUGUCGUAUGUGCGAGCCCCGAUCUGGAAGGAUUCUUAGUGUCAGUAGGAUCCAUAGUACUAGCCAUGCAAUGAUUCUGUACACAAAGAAUCGGCUGCGAAGUCUGUUCAAACAGAAAGGUCAAAUUCCACAAAAGGAAUGUAAUGCCAAGACUUUGCUACAUACUUGCGAUACGAUUUUGAUAUUUGAGCUUCUCUUUGCCAAGCUUGUGUUCAAGUUUUGUAUGCAAGUAGUUAUUUUUAUAGCGUUAAGUUUCUCUACCAUUCUGCGAUUUCGGUUGAAGCGAUAAACUUUUUCUCAUUAUCAAUUGGGUUCAUCUUACAUGAAUUAGAAAUUAACCUUAAGCACUCAAAAUUUACCCUGAGUAGUUGUCAAUUUCUCAGGCGAAACGACAUAACAUGGAAUUUCAUCCGAGCUUGCAUGACACAAGAUCAGAACAUACCAAUUAAAGCUUCAAAUCGUUUUAUGGCACUUUUUGUCUUGCUGUCUAGCAACAACUUACCUCUAGCAUGUUAAGCGUAGGACUGAAACGUUAGCUAUAAUUUCACUUCUAUUUAUAGAUUCGCGUGCUUCCAACAGCUUCGCUUUUGCAUCGAUUGACCAAUCAGAGCGAUGCUUUCCCUUUGAUAUAUCACUUACUCCUUCAAAACCGUCGUCUAUGGCAGGGAAAUCCGAUAUGCCGGAGAAUUUUUGGAAGACAAAAUCGGACACUGCUCGCUACUAAUCAAAAUUUCAAUCAUACAUAAUUAAAAAUACGUGGCUUGAUACAUUCAAAUCGAAUCGUAGAAAUAUUUCCAAUCAAAUGAUGUAAUAAUAUAAACAAUUAAUACAAAAUAUACUGAGCUGUAAGUGUUUAAAACCUGACCACAUUUCUACGUGUAUUUUUCCUUGAGUUUCUGAUUUGCACCUCUAUAUAGAAAAUAAAGAUGUGUUCCACAUCAAAAUCAGAAUAAAGAAUUGAAGCAACACUUCAUGGCGAAACUUAAUCUUGUCUUUCGAUUGUCUUUGCAGCUGAUUGUAAGCCUACUAUGAUUCCAUGUGAUAAAUUAUACAAGUUUCAAAAACGUUUCACUAUAUUGAUUUAAUGAGUACUUAACUAUCGUUAUGUCAACACCUUCGUUAUUGUUCAGUAAUUAUCAUAAUGUGAUAUACAUAUUUCUUUUGUAUAAAUUCUUAAAA